CGCGAGCGCAGCGGCCGCGGUGGCUGAGGGACGGUGAGCCCGUUGUGAAGGCUUGUUGAGGGGGAGCGACGUGCCGGGCGCUCGGUCAUGGCGGUCAUUCCAUACUUCAGAAUACUAUGGGGAUUUUGUGCUGUGCCUCGGGUAGUGAUACAGAACGAGAUGGAGUAGCUCCAGAAAAGUCUUCUCCAGAAGGAGAGAAGAAAAAGGAACAAUCAGAUGCCUCUAGUUCUCCCAAAACGUCAAAGCCUCAUUAUUCAAGAUCACGCUCGCGGUCAAGGGAAAGACGACGGAAGUCAGAUACCGAAGGAAAAAAACACAGAAGCCGGAGCAGAAGCAAAGAGAACCAACUUCUUCUUAAAACAGGCAAGAAGACAUGAAUCCAAAGAGAAGUCCUCCAAGAAGCACAAAUCUGAAGACCACAAUGACAAAGAACAUUCUUCUGACAAGGGAAGAGAUAGCCUAAAUUCAUCUGAAAAUGGUGAGGAUAGACAUAAACGCAAAGAGAGGAAAUCAUCCAGAGGGAGAAGUUAUUCAAGAUCAAGGUCUCGUGAAAGACGUCAUCGUAGCAGAAGUCGCGAUAGGAAAAAAUCCCGAUCUCGCAGCAGAGAGAGAAAACGACGUAUAAGAUCUCGUUCUAGAUCAAGAUCUAGACACAGACAUAGGAGUAGAAGCAAAAGCAGAUCUAGGAGCAGAAGCAGAGACCGAAAGAAGAGAAGUGAAAAGCCCCGAAGGUUCAGCAGAAGUCACAGCCGGAGUUCGAGUCCACCACCCUUUCGGGGACGAAAUACAGCUAUGGAUGCACAGGAAGCGUUAGCCAGAAGACUGGAAAGAGCAAAGAAACUGCAAGAACAGAGAGAGAAAGAACUAGUUGAAAAACAGAAGCAACAGGAAAUGGCUGCAGCAGCUGCAGCCACGGGAGGUUCUGUUAUUAAUGUUGCUGCUCUUCUGGCAUCGGGAACACAAGUAACUCCUCAAAUAGCAAUGGCAGCUCAGAUGGCAGCCCUGCAAGCGAAAGCACUAGCAGAGACUGGAAUAGCUGUCCCUAGCUAUUACAACCCAGCCGCCGUGAACCCAAUGAAAUUUGCUGAGCAAGAGAAAAAGCGGAAGAUGCUUUGGCAAGGCAAAAAGGAAGGGGACAAAUCACAGUCUGCAGAAAUAUGGGAAAAAUUAAACUUUGGAAACAAGGACCAAAAUGUCAAAUUCAGAAAACUGAUGGGCAUUAAGAGUGAGGAUGAAGCCGGCUGUAGCUCUGUUGAUGAAGAGAGUUUCAAAACCCUGAAACAACAGGAGGAGGUCUUCCGAAAUCUAGAUGCACAGUACGAAAUGGCAAGGUCACAGACUCAUACACAAAGAGGAAUGGGAUUGGGAUUCACAUCUUCCAUGCGAGGAAUGGAUACAGUUUGAAAAACGAGAGGGAAAAGAGGCAGAUUUAAAGUUUGGGACUGUGGAAGGUUCUUGUUCAGCUGUUGGGUCCUUGUUCACCAAAAAGCUAGCAUUCUAGCUUGCAUGGGUGUUGCAUUGACUUUAAUUUAUUAAAAGAAAAAAAUACAAUUUUUUUGUAAAUAUCA